UCGAACGUCACCGUAAGUCACUUCGCCGACCACUUCGCCGCCAACAAAAUCAACAAUUCCCCCAGUUUGGGAGCUUUGACGGUAUCCAUUUGAUUUCUGUGACGAAUCUUCGCUCUCCUCGCCACAAAUGUCGCCCUCAACUCUCAUCCGUAUCGCUUCGCGCCGAACACCUGCGACCUUCUUCAAGGCUUCGUACUCUGCCCGCUCGAGACUUCCAGCUGCUGCUUCGGUCUCUGUCCCUGCAAUUGUCACUCUCGGCGGCGCCAGCGGCUUCAGCACGACGGCGAAACGAUGCAGUGGCGCUCACGAGGAGGAGACUUUCGAGGAAUUCUCUGCCAGAUAUGAGAAGGAAUUCGACAGCGUCCAGGAUGUCUUUGAGCUUCAGCGAAACCUUAACAAUGCCUUCGCCUACGAUCUCGUCCCAUCUGUCGGUGUCAUGACCGCGGCUCUCAAGGCCGCCAGAAGAGUCAACGACUUCCCAACCGCCGUUAGAAUCUUUGAGGGCAUCAAAGCUAAGGUCGAGAACAAGAGCCAAUACGAGGCCUAUCUCGAGGAGCUUAAGCCUCUCCGAGAGGAGCUCGGCGUCGUGCUCCAGGAGGAGAUGUACCCAGCAGAGAAAUAGAAGAUUUCCAUCCUGGCGGGCACACCUUUUACCCUUAUCCCGAAACUGUAGCAGUAGAAUUGGAAGGUGUUUUUAUUUUGGGAAAAUGGGAAGCCGUCCGACAUUUGCACUGGUGACAUCUCAUGCAUGAUAAAUUAGAUAGAUGGAAGGGGACAAAGGGCUUGGGUGAAGUCUCCAUGUCUCUAAUUCCCCUCAAUCUUGCCCUUAUUUCUUUCCUUGGUAACAUGUAAAAUCAGACAGAAUUGAAGCAAUGCUUGUUUGUAUAUUCA